GGAUGGGAACCGAGCUCUUCCUCUUGGCGUGGCUUUGGGGCGCUGCCCUCCCGGCCCCCAUCCGCCUCCUGGGGGGCCCCCACCGCUGCGUGGGGCGAAUCGAGGUGCUAUGGGACCAGCAGUGGGGCACGGUGUGCGACGACCGAUGGGACCUCCGCGAUGCCGGCGUCGUGUGCAGGCAACUGGGAUGCGGGGAAGCGCUGGCGGCCCCGGGAUCGGCUCCCUUUGGAUGGGGAACGGGGCCCAUUUGGCUCGAUGAUGUGGAGUGCAAUGGGAUGGAAGAGGAGCUCUCGGCCUGUAGGACCAGACCAUGGGGGGAGCAUAACUGUGACCAUGGAGAGGAUGCAGGGGUUGUGUGUGCAGAGGCCACAACCCCAGUACCGGUGCAGCUGGUGAACGGCUCCAGCCGCUGCUCCGGCAGAGUGGAGCUGCUCUAUGGCCACCAAUGGGGAACGGUGUGCGAUGACCACUGGGACAUGAGCGACGCCGAGGUCCUGUGCCGGCAGCUGGGCUGUGGCUCUGCCCUAUCCGCUCCCGGUGCCGCAGCCUUCGGGAUGGGCCCCGAUCCCAUUUGGUUGGAUGAUGUGGCCUGCAAAGGGACCGAAGGCGCCCUCUCCGAGUGCGGGGCUAAGCCUUGGGGUACCCAUAACUGCGGGCACCGAGAGGAUGCAGGCGUCGUGUGCGCAGACCGUGCUGAACCCGCCCCACUCCGCCUCAUGGGCGGCCCCAACCCCUGCUCCGGACGAGUCGAGGUCUUCUAUGGGCAGCAAUGGGGAACGGUCUGCGACGAUGGCUGGGACCUGAUGGAGGCCAACGUGGUCUGCAGGCAGCUGGGCUGUGGCAAGGCUCUGGGGGCCCCCCAUGGGGCUGCCUAUGGGGAAGGGGCAGGCCCCAUUUGGCUCGAUGAUGUCCAAUGCAAUGGGAGCGAAGAUGCUUUGGACCAAUGCAAAGCCCCUGCUUGGGGAAGCCACAACUGUGGGCACUGGGAGGAUGCUGGUGUGGUUUGCACAGGUGGGAUCUAAAGCCCAUGGACGCGGAGGAGAGGGAUGGUUUUG